AUGUUGGCGUUGGCGACGCUUCAUGGCUUACUCCUUCGGAUACUUUCUCCUCCCCACUUCCAUACAGUCGUCCUCCACACGCCAGCUGGAGAAUUGAUUUCUGCUGCCUCUGACCCACCAAGACCCAAAGACGAAAUUCACAUUGUUGUUGGACUUAGCGGAGAGGUUUGGAAAGAAACAAAGGAAGGAGGUUUUGGGAUGGUCGACAGCGAGCGUCAUGCGAAGCUUGGGCGCAUUAUUGUGUUCCCUGUAAUGGAGACCCUUGAAGAUUCCGUAGAAUCUCAGGGAGAAAUACGAUCUCCAAUUAUGCUCCUGGCUUUGAAUGCCACUGAUACCGUGGAAUGGGAGGAAUUGCACAAUAAGGGAACAGCAUUAGCUGCACAUCUGGCUAAACAGCUCAGCAAAUUUGGACCAUUGUUAUCCUCCCCUCCAGCUCCCACAUCCUCUUUGAAAUCCAACAAAUCUCCCCUCUCCGUCACCCGUUCUUAA